GAAAUUCGAUUGCCAUUGUCCAAGCACACGAUGAGAACAACACUGCUUGGCAUCUGGUACAAACGGUCUUUAUUCUCUUAUCCAACAAGACUCUCCAGAAGUGAAAAAGUGGCUUUCUGGCCUGGGGAUGUGUAUAAUUAGUACACCGUUCAAGGUGCAAACUUGGCCAUCGUGCUACAUCAUCUCACUACCUCUGGAGAUGGGAACCGGAAGCUCACCAUGGACGCCCUUUUGUCUCAUCUUGGGUACCAGGCACUGAAUAUGGCCAUGCGAUCUGGUAUCGCUCUGACUUCGACAUAUGCUGUUUCCCAGUGCUCACGGCUUCUGAGGAAAGUGGACGACAAGAGUAUCCUGGACGAGCUUGAAGGAUUGCAAAGGCAAUUGAACAGCAAGAUCAAGGUCCUUUCACCAGCCAUUGAUCUCAUCGAGCUCAAGUCAGGUAGAGGGAAUGCCUUCCUCGAGUCGGCACUUCCACUCACCAGAUCCCUGCACCGAGACAUUAACUUACUAGGAAGGGAACUAGAAGAAGUUGCCUCGGCGGUUGAGGAUGCUCACCAGGGCACAAGUCGGGCAAGGACCACAGAAGCGCAACGGGACCAACUUGGGCGUAUUAUUUCAGACAUCAAAGACUUACUCGGCCGCAUAGACCGGGAGAUUCCGCUGCUGCACAUGGCCAUCACCGCCUCGGGGGAGAACCUCGCGUCAUCACUGUCUCCGGGGGUUUCGCCAUCUAGGCUGAUGCAGGCCAGCGCCUUCCUUUUCUUUGGCGAUACCUUGUACGCAAGCGACCCCGAGCGGCCGGUCCAGAUUGGACCCGCCUUUACCCUCUCGCUCUACAUGCUUUUCCUUGGUCAUGCGGAUCACCAGCCCUCGUCCGUCUCGCAACCUGAUGCGGAUGGCAGGUUCCCAGGCACCGGUAGUCCUGGUUCGCCUCUGAGGUCGUCCCAGAAUGGAUGCUCGGCGAGACCGUAUGGGGUGGAAGAGGGGACAAGGAGGCCUCUGUGGAAGGAAGUCAUCCACAAGGCUAGGGUGCGUCUCUGUCGAGUACCCUACAGUUAUGUUUUUGACGGGUCGCGCGGAUAUCGGCCAAAAUUGUCAAGCGAUACGCCUGGCCGCAGCAGCGUCGAUCCGGCAGCAGGAGGUCCGGAACAAUAUGGCUACCAUAUCGAGAUCAUCGAAGACCUAGACGACGGCAGAGUCCACGACGAGGAAGACGAAAGGGCUUCACCUUAUGAUGAUAUGGUCCGGGCCGGCCUACGCGAGUCCAUCCCCGUACACCAGAUAUCCAAAGUCUUCUACGCGGAUACCGGGCGUAUCCUCAACAUCGGAAACAACGCAGAGGGUGAGCAUAACCCCGUUUUGCUUCUCAAGCGCGAUGUGGACGCAAAACCCCCGAUGGAGAUGAGGCAACAAAUGGCUACGUGCGAAGAUGUAUUCGAGGGGGAGGAUAGGGAGCCCGGCGACGAGCAAAGGGAAAUAAACUGGCAGUUGCAGCAAGAUUGCCUGGAGGCUGGGGUUUCCGGCGUCACCGAUGUACCUCGAACGCCCAGCGAGUCUGGAUCGUGGGGAUUGCCCAGCGACCUCGACCCGGAGUGGAUCGCUCUGGAGGUGUUCGAGGAAGAUGAAAUCAGCGAAGAUGGGGAAGAUGUGGCAGAUGGAGACAGAGACUUUCCCGAAGUGCUGGAGGGCAUUCCGGAUCGAAGCGGAGCGGAGCAAGAGGUGGUUGGCGGCACCACUGAACAACCGCCAGCAGCCAACGAUCGAAUUUCGACGGUCCGGGUUUCGGUCGACACGACGUUGACCCAGAGGAUCAAGAAUAUAUCUUUACUACAAUCCUCGCCCGUCAACUCGAUACAUAAGGCGGAGUCCCAUGCGCGUGCGAGCGUGUCGCACUCUAUGGAGAAGACGCACGCGACCGUAGCAGUGGCCAGGUCGCCAUUUGGCGCCGUCACGACGUCGCUGUCCUUGCUCGAGAUGUUGAUUCGCCUGACGAGCCUGCAGGAGUUCCAGCAAGCAUCUCAUCUGACCAUCCACGACCACGUCCUAAAUUUCUUUCUGGAAGAAACAUCUACGACGGGACUCAGGGGCGAGGAACGGUGGAAGGCACGCAAAGAGGCGAAGCGGCGAGUUGGAUUCGAUCCGUAUGCUGAUUCGCCGACAAAAUGAAGAAUAAUUAUUUCGUACGAGUCGGCAGAUGUAUGCACCAAGACGUGAUGUGAUGAAGAAAUACGGGUGCUCUUGGUUAUGGGGCUG